AUGUCUAUGUUUGAGGAUGUCACCCGAGCCCUGACUAGACAGCUGAACCCUAGUGGGGAUCUGACACCCCUAGACAGCCUCAUUGACUUCAAACGCUUCCGUCUUUUCUGCCUGGUGCUGAGGAAGAGGAAGAGCACACUGUUCUGGGGAGCCCGCUAUGUGCGCACCAACUACACUCUCCUGGAUGUGCUGGAGCCAGGCAGUUCCCUCUCAGAUCCGACACUCCUUGGCAAUUUUAGCUUUAAGAAUAUGCUGGAUGCCAGAGUAGAGGGAGAUGUGGACAUACCAAAGAUAAUGAAAGUAAAGGGGACUGUGGGCCUGUCAUGAAGCAGCACCCUGGAGGUGCAGACGCUCAGCGUGGCUCCCACUGCUCUGGAGAACUUGCACAAGGAAAGGAAACUGUCAGCAGACCACCCGUUCCUGCAGGAGAUGCGGGAAUACAAGCAGAACCUGUAUGUGGUGAUGGAGGUGGUGAAAGCCAAGCAGGAAGUCACUCUGAAGCGAGCUAGCAACGCAAUUUCCAAAUUCUCUCUCAACCUUCCCUCACUGGGACUACAGGGGUCCGUGUAUGAGAAGGAUGAAGUAACCAUCCCCAAGGGCUGCGUCCUGGCCUAUCGAGUGAGACAACUGAUCGUCUAUGGGGAAGAUAAGUGGGGCAUUCCACACAUUUGUACUGACAGCAUGCCAACCUUUAACGCCCGGUGUGUGCCUCAAAGACAAGGCAGAACUGUCCAGAUGAUAUCUGGGGAGAUGCAUGAAGACUUCAAGACAUUAAAGAAAGAGGUUCAGCGAGAAACUCAAGAAGUGGAAAAGUUGAGUCCAGUAGGGCGAAACUCCCUACUCACUUCCCUCAGCCAUCUCCUAGGAAAGAAGAAAGAGCUCCAGGACCUUGAGCAGAAGCUUGAACGGGCUCUAGACAAGGGACAGGAAGUGACCCUUGAAGCACUCCCCAAAGAUGUUAUGCUGUCAAAGGAUAUUAUGGACGCCAUCCUCUACUUCCUCGGGGCUCUGACAGAGCUAAGUGAAGAGCAACAGAAGAUUCUAGUAAAAUCCUUGGAGAACAAGGUCCUGCUGGUGCAACUGAAGCUGGUUGAAAACAUCUUGGAGCAGAACUUCCUGCAAGAUAAAGAGGGUGUUUUCCCCCUGCGGCCUGAUCUGCUCUCCUCCCUCGGGGAGGAGGAACUGAUCCUAACAGAAGCACUGGUGGGACUAAGCGGCCUGGAAGUCCAGAGAUCAGGCCCCCAGUACACGUGGAAUCCAGACACUCGCCACAACCUCUGUGCCCUCUACGCUGGCCUCUCCCUCCUUCAGCUGCUAAGCAAGAAUUCCUAA